GGUCUAUGGCUGAGGCGGUGAGACCUCAGCGCCGGGCCAAGGCCAAGGCCAGUCGUACUAAAACCAAGGAAAAGAAGAAGUAUGAAACCCUUCAGAGGGAAGAGUCUGAGGAAGUCUCACUUCCAAAAACCUCCAGAGAGCAGGAAAUCCCUUCUUCAGCUUGUGAAUUUAAAGGAGACCACCUGAAAGUGUUUACUGAUUCCCAGCUCCAGAAUGAUGCCAGUGGACAAAAUGAAAGUGAAAUGUUUGAUGUACCACUCACCUCCUUAACUGUAAGCAGUGAAGAGUCUGUGACAUGUAACACGGAACCCCUGAAGGAAGGGGGAGAAGUCAGAGCCUAUGCUGGAGACAAUGCAAUCAAGCCAAAGGUCGACCCUGGAGACAGUGUUGGAACUAAAGUAGAAACCCCCAAGAACUUUACAGAGGUAGAGGAAAAUAGAUUGGUACAAUGUGGACCUUCAGAAAGCACACUGCAAUCUAAUUUUUCUUAUACUCAGCAGGAAAUGGAAAAUUUACAAGUCAGAGAAACUCAGAAUAGGAAAGAAAACAAACAAAUCCUGGGUCAUACUUCAGAGGUGCUACAGGAUGUUGGCUUGCAGAGUUCUUGUGAAGCCGGACAUGUUUUUCAGCCACCUAGAGUGAAGAAAUUGUAUCCUGGGUUACCAACUGAAAUUUCUAGAGAAGUUCCAGCAUUGGUGGCAGUGAAACCCUUGCUUUGUAGUGAGCGACUCUACCCAGAACUCCCAUCUCAACCAGACCUAGUACCGUUUACUAAAGAACAGCUAAAAAUCUUGGAGCCUGGUUCAUGGUUGGAAAAUGUUGAGUCAUAUUUAGAAGAAUUUGACAGCAUGGCUCAUCAGGACAGGCAUGAGUUUUAUGAGUUGCUUUUGAACUACUCUCGAUGUAGGAAGCAACUGUUGCUGGCUGAAGCUGAGCUACUUACUCUGACAUCUGAUUGCCAAAAUGCUAAAAGUCGGCUGUGGCACUUUAAGGAGGAACAAAUGUCUGUUCAGGGUAUUUGUGCAGAUCAAGUGAAAGUUUCUGGCUAUCAUCGCUACCAAAGAGUAGAGAUGAAUGAAAGUGCACUGGCGGAACUAAAGAAGCUAUUUGAUGCCAAAUCUGAGCACCUCCACCAGACCCUGGCCCUUCAUUCUUACACUUCCGUGCUCUCGAAGUUGCAAGUAGAGUCUUACAUUUAUGCGUUGCUCAAUAGUUCAGCUGUUCUGAGAUCUUUAGCAAUUCAUCAGCAAGGCCGAGCUUCUAAACAGGCAGAAAGCAUUCCCUCUGAUCUGUGUCAGCUGAAGGAGUGCAUUAGUGUCUUAUUCAUGUUCACCAGGAGAGUUAAUGAGGAUACUCAGUUCCAUGACGAUAUUCUUCUCUGGCUGCGGAAAUUGGUAACAGUGUUACAAAGAGUUGGCUGUCCAGGAGAUCACCUCUUUCUUCUAAACCAUAUACUUCGAUGCCCAGCUGGUGUUAGUAAAUGGGCUGUUCCUUUCAUCCAGAUCAAAGUGUUGAAUAACCCAUCAGGGGUUUUCCAUUUUAUGCAGUCCCUUGCCCUGGUGAUGUCUCCUGUUAAAAAUCGAGCAGAGUUUAUGUGCCACAUGAAGCCCAGUGAACGGAAGCCAUCCUCGGAGCCAAUGUCUGGGACUUGGACACUAGUAGAUGAGGGAGGAGAAGAGGAUGAAGACCCUGAGACCAGUUGGAUUCUGCUUAAUGAAGAUGACUUGGUUAUCCUUUUAUCACAGUUUCCAUUUCAUGAACUCUUUCAACAUCUUCUUGGGUUUAAAGCAAAAGGUGAUUAUUUACCUGAAACAACAAGACCUCAAGAGAUGAUGAAAAUUUUUGCCUUCGCCAACUCAUUAGUAGAACUUCUGGCUGUGGGGUUAGAAACCUUUAAUAGAGCACGCUACAGGCAGUUUGUGAAACGAAUAGGUUACAUGAUCAGGAUGACCCUUGGUUAUGUGAGUGACCAUUGGGCACAGUAUGUGAGCCAUAACCCGGGCUCAGGAUUGGCCCUGCAGCCUUACUCCAUGGAAAAACUCCAGGUUGAAUUUGAUGAGCUGUUUUUGAGGGCUGUCUUACAUGUGCUGAAAGCCAAAAGACUUGGCAUUUGGCUGUUUAUGUCUGAAAUGCCCUUUGGAACCCUGUCGGUCCAAAUGCUCUGGAAGCUUUUCUACCUUAUGCACCAGGUGGAGAGCGGGAACCUGCAGCAGCUUUGCUCCACCUUGCAGCCUGCUGAAUGCAAGAAGCUGCUCCAAGACCCAGAACACUUUGUGAACUUUGAGAAGUGUCUUUCUUCCAUGAAUAGCUCGGAAGUGAUUUGUCUUCUGACUACCUUUGCUCAGAUGGCUCAGGCCAGAAGAACCAACAUGGAUGAAGACUUCAUAAAAAUUAUUGUUCUGGAGAUAUAUGAGGUAUCUUAUGUUACCCUGUCCACCAGAGAGACUUUUUCAAAGGUUGGUCGAGAGCUUUUAGGGGCCAUCACAGCUGUUCACCCUGAGAUAAUUUCUAUCCUUUUGGAUAGAGUUCAAGAAACCAUUGACCAGGUUGGAAUGGUUUCUCUAUACUUGUUUAAAGAACUGCCUUUGUAUCUUUGGCGACCUUCUGCCUCAGAGAUAACUGUGAUUCGAGAUUGGUUAUUGAAUUACAGUCUGACAGUGGUGAAGAAUAAACUGGCCUGUGUUAUUCUAGAAGGACUGAAUUGGGGAUUUGCUCAACAGGGUACCCUUCAUCUGGAUCAAGCAGUCCAUGCUGAAGUGGCUUUAAUGGUUCUUGAAGCUUAUCAGAAGUACCUUGCGCAGAAGCCAUAUGCUGGGAUUCUUUCUGAAAGUAUGAAGCAGGUUUCAUAUCUGGCCAGUAUUGUUCGAUAUGGAGAGACACCUGAGACCUCAUUUAACCAAUGGGCCUGGAAUUUGAUCUUGAGGUUAAAACUGCACAAAAAUGAUUAUGGAGCACAGCAGAAUUGUCCAACUGUUCCCUUCUCCAGCACGGUGCCUGACAUGACAGAGUCACCGACGUUUCAUCCUCUCUUGAAGGCUGUGAAAGCGGGCAUGCCCCUCGGCUCUUACCUAGCCUUAUCUAUGACGGCUGUGGGCCACAGCAUUGAGAAGUUCUGUGCAGAAGGCAUCCCACUGUUGGGAAUUCUGGUCCAGUCAAGGCAUUUGAGAACAGUGGUCCAUGUCUUAGAUAAGACUGUACCUUUGUUCUAUCCUUGCCAGUAUUACCUUCUGAAGAAUGAGCAGUUUCUGUCACACCUCCUGCUGUUCCUACACUUGGACAGUGGUGUGCCUCAGGGUGUCACGCAGCAGGUUACACACAAGGUGGCACAGCAUCUGACAGGAGCCAGCCAUGGGGACAACGUGAAGCUUCUCAACAGCAUGAUCCAGGCACACGUAUCUAUAAGCACUCAGCCCAAUGAAGUGGGUCCUGUUGCUGUAUUGGAGUUCUGGGUUCAGGCUCUUAUAAGCCAGCAUCUUUGGUACCGGGAGCAACCCAUCCUCUUCCUCAUGGACCACUUGUGUAAAACAGCUUUUCAGCUGAUGCAGGAAGACUGUGUGCAGAAAUUACUCUACCAACAACAUAAGAAUGCUUUGGGUUACCACUGUGACCGGAGUCUGCUCUCUUCUUUGGUGAGCUGGAUCGUCGCAGGCAACAUCACUCCUUCCUUCUUGGAGGGCAUGGCUACACCUACUCAGGUCUGGUUGGCGUGGACGGUACUGAACAUGGAAUCCAUCUUUGAAGAAGACUCGCAGCUCCGAAGAGUUGUUGAAGGGGAACUGGUUAUAAACUCUGGUUUUACCCCUGACCAAGCUCUGAAGAAAGCCCAGGCCCAGCUGAAGCUCCCCAUCGUGCCGUCCCUCCAGAGGCUGCUGAUUUAUCGCUGGGCCCAUCAGGCCCUGGUCACACCUUCUGAUCACCCUCUUCUGCCACUCAUUUGGCAGAAGUUCUUCCUCCUCUAUCUUCACCGCCCAGGACCACAAUAUGGGUUACCCAUAGAUGGUUGUAUUGGAAGAAGGUUUUUUCAAAGUCCUGCUCAUAUCAAUUUGUUGAAAGAAAUGAAGAGGCGUCUGACUGAGGUGGCUGACUUCCACCAUGCUGCGAGCAAGGCCCUCCGAGUUCCAGCAGAGGGCAGCGAACAGCCACCAGAGAGUCAGGCCGGUGUCCCCGGUUACCUGACUUCACCAGAGCUGCACACAGAACUUGUGAGGCUCUUCAAUGUAUAUAUAUUAUGGCUAGAAGAUGAGAAUUUUCAAAAAGGAGAUACCUAUAUCCCUUCUCUACCAAAGCAGUAUGAUAUUCACAGGCUAGCAAAAGUGAUGCAGAACCAGCAGGAUCUGUGGAUGGAAUAUUUGAACAUGGAGCGCAUAUAUCACGAGUUUCAGGAAACUGUCGGUUUGUGGACGCAGGCCAAGCUUGAGUCCCAUUCCACGCCCUGCAGUUUGUCAGUGCAGCUGGACUUCACUGAUCCUCUGUUGGGUGAGUCAUCUAAAGAAAGGGUUUUAAAUAACUUGCAGAAACAUGAGGCUCCCCAUCCUCCCCUUGCUCUGCACCCAAUGAGGCCUCCAGUGCCAGUCAUUUCCUCAGCUGCACUACUGAGUCAGAAGGACGCCACCCAACUCGUGUGUGCAGACCUGAAUCUGUUGCAGCAGCAGGCCAGAACUGCAGCUCUUCGGGAAUCUCAACAGGUUGCCCUGGACAGUGAGCUGUUGGACACAAUGCCAAAACAGUAUGUUAAUCGAGAAGAACAGACCACACUACAUUUAGAGUGUAGAGGCAGUAGUGGUAAGAAAUGCCAAGGAGCAGCAGUUAUAACAGUUCUGUUUGAAGGCAUGCACAAAAAUGAAGCAGUAAGCCAACAACUUCAUAUACUGCGAAAAGAAGUGAAGCAGUUACAAGCAGAGGCUGCUAAACCACCCUCACUUAAUAUUGUGGAAGCUGCUGUGCAUGCAGAAAACUUGAUUACGGCCUUAGUGAAUGCCUACAAGUUGCAGCCUACACCUGGGAUUCAGAAAGUUGGCAUUAGCCUCUUCUUUACUGUUGUGGGUUAUGUCAGUGAUGAGACACAGCGCCAUCCUCCCACAAGGCAGUUCUUUACUUCAUGCAUUGAGAUCUUGGGUCAGGUGUUUAUCAGUGGCACUAAAUCAGAAUGCAAAAAAGUACUUCAGACCAUUCUGAAGAAUGGAAGGCUCUGCUCUCUCUUGUCUCCUUUCUUUACCCCCAAUGCUGCGCCUGCAGAGUUCAUACAGCUAUAUGAGAAAGUGGUGAAGUUUCUAAGUGAGGACAACAGUGAUAUGAUUUUCAUGCUGCUAACCAAGUUCGAUCUUAAGCAGUGGUUAAAUGCCAUUAAACCUCCUCUGUCUGAUCGUACCAGGCUUCUGGAGUCCAUUCAUUUGGCACUUACUGCCUGGGGCCUUGAACCAGAUGAAGAUAUUUUGAUGCCAUUUAAUCUUUUCUGUAAGCACUGGACUUAUCUUCUUCUCUACCAGUUCCCUGACCAGUACAGUGACAUUCUCAGGCUGCUGAUGCAGAGCUCUGCUGAGCAGCUGCUGAGCCGGGAGUGUUGGAAAGCCACUCUGAGAGCCCUGGGCUGCUGUGCCCUGAGCUGCCAGCAGAGGGCAGCAUCUGCUGAGAGCUCGGUGCUUCCAAGCUCUUCAUGUGUUCUCUUAUCAGACAAGCAGGUAAUUGAGACUAUACAGUGGCUUUCAGACUUUUUUUAUAAGCUUCGGUUAUCCAAGUUGGACUUUAAAAGCUUUGGCUUAUUCUCAAAAUGGAGUCCUUACAUGGCUGAUGUGAAGACACUCUUGGGCUAUCUUGUGAAAAGGCUAAUUGACUUAGAAAUGGCCUGCUUGGCCCAAGACCCAUCUGCCAACAGCAAAACAGUGCUGAGAUCCCUACAUUCAGUAAUCAUCCAGCUCUUUAAGCCAUGGAUCCUGGUUUUAGAGGACAAUGAAAGCAGCCAACAGCGACUUUACCCCUGGCUGGAAAGUGAUGCUGCGGUGGCCUCGAGCAUCGUAGAGUUGUUCACUGACUGUAUUGACUCACUGCACAAGAGUUUUAAAGAUAAGCUGUUGCCAGGUGACGGAGGAGCCCUUCGGUUACACCUGAUGCAUUAUUGUGAAGCAUGUACAGCACCUAAAAUGCCAGAGUUCAUUCUGUACGCUCUUCACAGUGCAUACCAGAAACUCCAGUGGAAGGACCUCCACCCCGACCAGAUGCUCAUGGAGGCCUUCUUCAAAGUGGAACGAGGAAGUCCCAAGAGCUGUUUCUUAUUUUUGGGGUCUGUACUCUGUGAAGUCAAUUGGGUUAGUGUGCUCUCUGAUGCCUGGAAUCCCAGUCCCCACCCAGAAACCCAGAGCAUGAUUGUCUGCCUCCUUUUCAUGAUGAUUUUAUUGGCAAAGGAGGUCCAACUAGUAGACCAAACAGAUUCACCUUUACUUAGUCUCCUUGGGCAGACAAGCUCACUUUCAUGGCAUCUUGUGGAUAUUGUGUCAUACCAGAGUGUGCUAGGUUAUUUCAGCAGUCAUUACCCACCGUCCAUCAUCCUGGCAAAGGAAUCUUCUGCUGAAUUAAUUGUGAAGCUCCUAAAAGUGUCUGCGGGCCUUUCCAUUUCUACUGACAGCCAGAAACAUCUUGAUGCAGUUCCAAAAUGCCGAGCUUUCACUCAUCAGAUGGUUCAGUUCCUCAGCACCCUGGAACAAAACGGAAAAAUCACCUUAGCAGUCCUGGAACAGGAGAUGUCUAAGCUCUUAGAUGAUAUCAUUGUCUUUAACCCACCCGACAUGGACAGCCAGAUGCGCCACAUGGCCCUCAGCAGCCUCUUUAUGGAAGUCCUAAUGAUGAUGAACAAUGCGACUGUUCCAACGGCAGAAUUCCUUCGGGGCAGUAUCCGGACAUGGAUUGGCCAAAAAGUGCAUGGGCUGGUGGUGCUGCCCCUUUUAACAGCAGCCUGCCAGAGCCUGGCUUCUGUCCGCCACAUGGCUGAGACUGCAGAAGCCUGCAUCACUGCCUAUUUCAAAGAAAGCUCUCUCAAUCAAAAUUUAGGAUGGGGCCCCAUUCUGGUGUCCCUUCAAGUUCCUGAGCUCACCAUAGAAGAAUUUCUGCAGGAGUGCCUAGCCCUUGGCAGUUACUUGACUCUUUAUGUCUACCUGCUUCAGUGCUUAAAUGGUGAGCAAACGCUGAGGAACGAAAUGAAAGUGCUGCUCAUCUUAAGCAAGUGGUUGGAACAGGUGUAUCCAAGCUCCGUGCAGGAAGAAGCAAAGCUGUUUUUGUGGUGGCACCAAGUCCUGCAGCUGUCCCUGAUUCAGGUGGAGCAGAAUGACUCGAUCCUUACAGAAUCCAUCAUUCGAAUUCUGCUCAUGCUUCAGAGCAGGCAGAGCCUCGUGGCCGAGGAGAGGGUCAGCUCUGGGAUUCUGGGGGCAAUCGGGUUGGGCCGGAAGUCGCCCUUGUCUAACAGGUUCCGAGUGGUUGCCCGAGGCAUGGCUGCCUUCCUUUCAGUUCAGGUUCCUGCAGAAGAUCAGAUCCGUUUGAAGCCUGGCUCUGAAUUACAUUUGACCCCAAAAGCUCAGCAGGCUCUGAACACUCUUGAAUCCAUGACAUCAAAUAAGCAGUAUGUCGAAUACCAGGAUCAGAUAUUGCAAGCUGCCCAAUUUAUAAAACAUCCUGGCCAUUGCCUCCAAGAUGGGAAAAGCUUCCUGGCUCUUCUCAUUAACUCUCUCUACCCAGAAGUGCAUUAUUUGGACAACAUACGAUAGUCCCACUGAAGCUCUUGGAACCCCGGUGCCGUUUAUGUUUACAUGUAACUUUGCUGUUGCAUGAGGAACUAUACUUGAUUUUGCUGCAGAGCUCAGUUCAGCCACGGAGUAGGCAGUUGACUGAGAUGCAAGUCGGGAGGCAUUUUGAGAGAGAGAGAGAGAGAGAGAGAGAGAGAGAGAGAGAGAGAGAGGAGUGUGUGUGUGUGUGUGUGUGUGUGUGUGUGUGUGUGUGUGUGUGUGUGUGUGUGUGUGUGUGUGUGUGUGUGUGUGUGUGUGUGUGGUGUGGUGUGUGUGUGUGUUUCUUAGCUCUUAAAACUUCCCAGAGGCAUUUUGAGAGAGAGAGAGAGAGAGAGAGAGAGAGAGAGGAGUGUGUGUGUGUGUGUGUGUGUGUGUGUGUGUGUGUGUGUGUGUGUGUGUGUGUGUGUGUGUGUGUGUGUGUGUGUGUGUGUGUGUGGUGUGGUGUGUGUGUGUGUUUCUUAGCUCUUAAAACUUCCCAGAGACUUUUUAGCUUUUAUGUUCUAUCCUCAAGAGAAACUUGCUAAGUUCCAGUUGGGUACAGAGCCACCCACAGUUGCUGAAUGUCCUGUCACAGGACCUCCAGAUGGGGUACUUUGUAUGUCUCAACUUUUGCCUCCCCUGUUUUAGUUAAAUGUCAAGACUCCUGUGCCAGGUCUGACUGUUUUAAGAGUGACGGAGAACCCUUGCUUUCAACCCUGUUUGUGUUCCUCCAAGUAAAAAAGUCAACUUGAAAAAUUUCUACAUUUGUCAAAUGUGGGGAAAUAAGAUCAGCUUAAAAGUAUUAUGUUAUUUUUCUCAGAAGGGAGAUUAAAAAUGCUGAAUGAAGUGAGUCAUGUGAUCCUGACUUUAGUGCACAGCAGAGAUUGUGACGAGUCCAUCUCCAUCCAGCAUGAGUCCUCAUAAAGGAGCUACCUCUCUGAAUCAGGGUGGCACGCUGGCAGUCUGUGAUGGGCAUGCUGUGCACAGAUGUAUUUUGUUUGGUUCACGUUGCGGGGAGUGCAGUCAGGGCUGACUCUGCAGUCACCAGAGUCCCUACAGACCCUCGGGUUCUACCCCCAGCCAUCCCUCACAUCACUUACUCUGCCCCUUCGACAUUUCGGUUUGCAACUCUUCAUAGACACCGAGUUUGGUCUCUGAAGGCCCCACUGUAGAGAGAUAGACAGCCUGAAGAUUUGGUUCUCUAUUCUCUGCUUGUUUCUUCACUCCAUAUUUAAACUUGAAUGAAGCUAGUGGACCUGCUGAAACACUUGUCCACGGAAACUGGGUCAGGUCAGGAGAAUUACAGAAAUUUGGCUUUUUCUCAGUGGCCACAUGCCUUCUGUUGUUGCUAACAGUUCAUUCAUUACCAAAGCCUGUCUGUAACAUUGCCUUGUUCUGUUUUCAUCUUCUUGCUCAUGUUAUUUCCCCCAGGAAUUAGCAAUUUGACUUCUGUCAUCAUAUUUAUAAUUCUAUUGGCUCAAAAUGGGUUUUGUCUACCUUACAUAAUGUGUCUUUGUCUGAAGGUUGUCUGUAGUCCAGGAGUAUUUACCUAAAAAUGUCUAAACAGCCACUAAGAGCCUUUAGUAGAGGGAAAGAGAUACCAUUACCAGAGUGAUAAUUGCUUCUCAAACAUCCUUUUGGAGUGCUUCCAACAUUGGGAAAUUUGUAGGAGAGCUUUAUUUUGAACUUUUUUAGUUGGACAGAAGAGUUCUGCUUCGCUGAACUGCUUUGGAGCUCUGAUAAAGAACAUCCAUGUUCAGUGUGAGUUUUGCAGGCCACAAAGUGUCCAUCUCAGAGGGACAUGUCUCAGAAUGCCUUGUAUUUGCUUCUCUCCACUUUCAAAAUCAGUCAUCUUCUCAUCUUGUGUAUAAGAAAAUUUUAGAAGCUGUGGACAGUUUAAUUGACUGAUUUGGCAGCACUGACUUUAUGACAGGAAAUAUUUUGUGUGCUGUUUUCUUUGAGGAGGAUGUAAUUAUCGAUAUCCUAGAAUGUGAAUUUUUUGAGUGAC